GGGUCUGAUGGAGGUUGGGAGGUUGAAUCACAGCUUUUGGUUUGGAUCUUGACACAAACACAAACGCAGACACACACACACAGCACUCGGCCGGAGGGACGAAGCAAAGCGAGAGGGCAACAAGAAAGACGACACAAAGACAGAAGAUUAAAGAGAGCGCGGAGAAAGACAGAAAAAAGCAAAGAAAGAAAAGGAAAGAAGAGCAGAAGUAAGAGUUGCUGUGUGCUGUGUGAAAGUAAAGCUCCCGACAAAAAUUCUCAAACUACCCUCAAAAGUGAACUUAAAUCCGCAAACAACAACAACAACAACAACAACAACAACCCAGAGUCCAGCGAUGGCCCCCAAGAAGAAGGCCUCUCGUCAGAAGAAAGCCGCCGUGGAAGCCAUCGUUCAGGUCGCCAUGGAGACCACCUCGUCCCAGCUGAAGGUGGAGAGCCGCGGCGACGGCGUGGUGGUGGUGGAGAGCGGCGUGAAGAAGAUCGAGCAGAUGGCGGCGCUGGACAUCGCCCAGCUGAACAGCCUCAACCUGCCGCUGCCUCCGCCCGUCAUCAAGCCCGGGGAGAGAGGCCUGGGCCUGGGCAGCGAGCUCACCAGACCCCUGCACGGCAACGCCCUCCUGGAGGAGCUCAGCAAGAUGCGCCAGGAGAAGUUCCUGACUGACCUGGAGCUGGCCUGCAAGACGAAGGCUUUCGACGUCCACAAGCUGGUCAUCUCCUCCGUCAGCCAGUACUUCAGAGAGAUUCUGGCAAAAGACCCCGGCAUGAAGCGCCUGGAGCUCCCCUCCCUCUCACCUCUGGGCCUGGCCAACGUCAUCACCUUCGCCUACCUGGGACGCGUCCACAUGUCCCUCUACACCAUCGGCUGCACCGUCUCCGCCGCCGCCACCCUGCAGAUCCCCCAGCUCCUCAAGAUGUGCAUGGACUUCCUGCUGGCCGAGCUGAACGUGCAGACCUGCGUCUACAUCUGGAACAUCGCCGCCGCCUACGGCCUGCUGCCCGUGUGCGAGGCCGCCCGCCGCUUCGUCCUGGAGAACUUCGUGCAGUUCGCCGAGACGCCGCUGUUCACCCAGCUGACCCUGGAGCAGAUCUCCGCCUUCCUGCAGGACGACUCGCUGCUGCUGCCCUCGGAGGUCACGGCCUUCCAGCUCGCCAUGAAGUGGCUCGACUUCGACGCCGCCCGCCAGAGCCACGCCGCCGAGCUCCUGUCCCACGUCCGCUUCGAGACCAUCCCGGCCGGCGAGCUGGUGAGCCAGAUCCAGCCGGUGCCCCGCAUGAUGCUGGACCCCCAGUGCCACCGCCUCCUGGUGGACGCCAUGAACUACCACCUGCUGCCCUACAAGCAGAACACCCUGCAGUCCAGGCGCACGCAGGUCCGGGCCGGCCAGCAGACCCUGCUCACCGUCGGAGGACGCCCGUCGCUCACGGAGAGAGCCCUGAGCCGGGAGGUGCUGUGGAGGGACCCCCGUGAAGGAGGAGCCAGCUGGCGCCACCUCAGCCAACUUCCCGCCAAGAGCUUCAACCAGUGCGUGGCCGUGAUGGACGGCUUCCUGUACGUGGCCGGAGGAGAGGACCAGAACGACGCACGAAACCAGGCCAAGCACGCCGUCAGCACCCUCAGCAGGUACGACCCUCGCUUCAACACCUGGCUCCACCUGGCCAGCAUGCGCCAGCGCCGCACCCACUUCUCCCUGGCGGCCAGCGGCGGCCGCCUGUUCGCCAUCGGCGGCCGCAACGUGGAGGGCCUCCUGGCCACCACCGAGAGCUACCUGCCCUCCUCCAACACCUGGCAGAUGCGCGCCCCGAUGGAGACGCCCCGCUGCUGCCACUCCAGCGCCACCCUCCCCUCCGGGGACAUCCUGGUGACCGGCGGCUACAUCAACUGCGCCUACUCGCGCUCCGUGGCCUGCUACAGCGUGGAGAUGGACGCCUGGACCGAGAGGGCCCCCAUGGAGACGCCCCGCGGCUGGCACUGCUCCGCCACCCUCGGGGGGAAGGUGUACGUGGUCGGGGGGAGCCAGCUGGGGCCCGGCGGGGAACGAGUGGACGUGCUCUCCGUGGAGGUCUUCUCCCCCGACGGCGCGUCGUGGAGCCGGGCCGCCCCUCUCCCCCUCGGGGUGAGCACCGCCGGCCUCUCCACCCUGGCGGAGAAGCUGUACCUGCUGGGCGGCUGGAACGAGGCGGAGAAGCGCUACAAGGCGGCGGUGCAGACGUACGACCCGGCCACGGACAGCUGGUGCGCGGCCGAGGACCUGCCCGAGCCCACGGUGGGGGUGUCCUGCUGCACCCUGACCCUGCCGCCGCGGCACGCCCCGCGCCGGCAGCAGCACCGCAACACCCGGGGCAACGAAGACCAGCAUCAGAAGAGCAGAGAGGGCAGCAUGGCCCCGUCACAGACCACCACCGCAUAGAUGGAGGAGGAGAUGGAGGAGAUGGAGGAGGAGGAGGCGGUUCAACCUCAGGACAACAUCUGGAUCAUGCCAGACACCUUUUCUUGUCCACGUGGAAAAUUUUUACAAAAGAGACACAUUCAGUUUAUUAAUAAAGGAUGGAAGUCAAACCUGAUGAUUAUUAGAAACUUCUAAUAGUUUGUUUAUAUAUAAGCUUUAACAUAAUCAUCUACUGCUGUUACGGUCUUUGAAGGUUCUCGUCAUCCAGGUGAUGGUUUAUUUUAAAAGAACUGAUCUGUAGACGUGUGUCGUCCGAAAGAUAAAGGAAAAAAAUAAAUAAUCUGAGGUUUAAUUUAAAGUUGGAGCCAGAAGAAAUAGAAGAAAAAGAGCAUUGUUUAUUUAUUAGAGGGAAAUUAGUUAAAGAUGGAUACAGAGCAGGUGGAGGCAUGAGAGGGAACAGGUGGAUGGAUGGAGGAAGAUGGAGGAAGAAGAUGGAGGAAACCGAGGGGGAAAAUCUGAACGGAAGUCACUGUGAAUCCGCUGGUGUACAAAGAUGUAUCUAGGCAUAAUGUGUGUGUGUGUGUGGAAAUGUGUGUGUGUGUGUGAAAAUGUGUGUGUGAUAGCGGGUGAAUGAGUGUGUGUUUGUGUUUGGAAACAGGAAAAAUGAGCCAAUUUAUGACAAAAAAAACAACAAAAAAAAAAGGAUUUCUCAUCAGCAAAGUGGAGGAAUAGACGACGAUUUAUUUAUUUAUCUGAAGUAGAGCAGCUAAUAAAUAAAUAAUAAUAAAAAAAACUAUAAUAAU